GCACAAGCCAAACCCCACCCCUCCCUCACAUCCUCGCUCUCUUUCACCCUGUUUUCCAUCCGAGGAGUUUGUUCGAGGGUUCAGAGCGUGUCAGAGAGCUGAGAGUGAGAGGACGGACUGCAGUUACCUGACAGCUCUUUAUCUUUCCUAAACACACACGUUGCUGCUUUUACCUGCCAUCUGGACUAUUUUUCUCAUUUUCUAAAUUUGCGCCUGAUGCUCCAACGUUCGUAGAGCUUCAAGUCGACGGAAAGUGAAGUACCGCAGUAUCAUGACCAGGAAGGUGUUCACCAACACACGCGAGCGCUGGCGCCAACACAACGUCAACACAGCCUUCGCAGAGCUGCGGAAACUCAUCCCCACGCAUCCUCCCGAAAAAAAGCUCAGCAAGAACGAGAUCCUGCGGCUGGCCAUGCGCUACAUCAACUUCUUGGUGACUCUGCUGGAGAGCCAGGGAGGAGAGCCGUCGGCUCACUCGCAAGCCGCGCUCCUCACACUGAUCACGGGUAACAUGCAGAACCUACGCACCGACCGCACCUGGACCAGCGACACCGACCCGCCCUCACCCGGCUCCAGCUGUGACAGUUCCGAAGCCUGGUAGAACCAAACCCGUGUGUCAGAGUUCUAUGAAAGGAUUCUGUGAUUGUGAUGUUUUCGAAAGUUCCGUCGCCGUGGAGAGACAAAGCUGGAUUUUUGGAACUCGGAAUGUUCGCGAUGACAUCACAAUCGCUCAUUGCUUCCACGCAGUUUGGAAACAAAUGAUGUGUGGAAACCCAGAAACUCUAUUCACCAGUUCUGCUGUAAUUGAGCAGGAACCCUAAACAACAUAUGCAUGAUCAAGGAUGCACUUUGGAAGAAUCUCCCUGGUACUUUUUAGUAUUAAUGUCAUUUAAUUUCCUUGACUGAAUUAACACUCGAGAAUGUUUUGCUUGAGACUGAAGUCAGAAAUGAAACUGUAAUUUAUUUGAUUGUAUUUUAUUUAUUAUUUAUGCUUUCAGUGGAUUCAGCACAUGUGACUAGUUGUACAUUAAAUUGUAAUUUAUUAAAUGGAAAAUGUUAUUGUUUAUUCUGCGUUCACAAAUACAAAAUAUGUUUUUGCCAAA